AUGGAGAUGCCAGAGAUUGAUGAUGGCGGUCUUGCUUUCGACUUCGACCUACCUGGCAUGCCAGCCGACUCCACCACCGAUAUCUUAGACUUCGACUUCUGCACCGCAACUGACUCCCUCGACGCGCUUACGGACAUGUUCAACACACCAGCUCAUCAGGAAGAUCAGUUGACUUUACAAAAAUCUUAUACCCCAGUGAGCCAACCCUUCUCAGCAAGACACCUGUCACCCUUCGCAAAGUCCAGAGUGGAGUACUCAAUCGAGCUCGUCAAACUCGCGCCAAAGAUGAUGGUAGAGCAAUGUUGCACACCAUGGGCCCACCCUUUACUUUACGAAGACCACAUGCCACGAUCAUUACAAGACGCACACGCGGCAUGUGCCCUUUAUGUGACCAUGAACGAUAACAAUGCUGAGCACGUCGCACGAUUCAUCACAAGUCGCGCAGAAGAGCUCAUAACCACUUCUAUACCCACUACGCCCAUCGAGGUCCUAGCUCGCACACAGGCUCUGAUGUUGUAUGAGAUCAUGCUCAUCUUUGGCGGUGACAUACGACUAUACGCUCGAGCUGACGCCCUGAUACCGCAUCUGGAAGAUGUGGGUGUCGUCCUCCUACCCAUCGCAGCAGAAGACCCCGAGCUUCCAGCAACUCUUCCGCUUUAUCCCAGUACAGCCGCUCGCUCAGCCUGGCAGUCGUACAUCUUCCGUGAGUCAGCCAGACGUACGGCCUUGGUAGCUUUCCACGUAACCGUCAUAUACACCCUGCUGAGCGGGCAGAUGAGGUCUUGCGCGAAAGAGCUUUCUUUGAAGAACCGCGUCACGCUUUCUGCGCACUUGUGGAAGGCAACGAGCGCUUUUGACUUUGCCAUGGCGUGGAAUAGCAAGAGUCACUUUGUCAUCAAGGAGCUGGACUUUACGGAUGUCUUGAGGGGUGCGCAGCCUGAAGACCUUGAUACGUUCGCUAAUAUGAUGCUCAUUGGUCUUCAAGGCAUCGAUGAAAUACGGGGCUGGUAUCAUACACGAGGCGGGGCUCUCACAUAG